AAUGCAGUUGCCAUUAAAGUCACAGACGAACAAACGUCUACACUGAUUUUUAAAAGCAAGAGUAACAGCAGCAAGUUUCUGGGCUUGCUUUAUCAACAGAUGCAAAAAGAGAGCAUACAACCUCAUUUCAAAAUGAAGGCUUUUAUCUGGACCCUAAGUGUGCUAUUCUUCCUACUAAUGGGCAUUGGACAUUGCAGAGGAGGACAGUUCAAAAUUAAAAAAAUAACCCAGAGGAGAUACCCUCGCGCCACAGAUGGUAAAGAGGAAGCAAAGAAAUGUUCAUACACAUUUCUGGUACCUGAACAAAAAAUAACAGGGCCAAUAUGUGUCAAUACCAAAGGGCAAGAUGCAGGUACCAUUAAAGACAUGAUCACCAGGAUGGAUCUUGAGAACCUAAAGGAUGUGCUCUCCAAGCAGAAGCGGGAGAUAGACGUCCUGCAGUUGGUGGUGGAUGUGGAUGGAAACAUUGUCAAUGAGGUAAAGCUGCUGAGGAAAGAAAGCCGUAACAUGAACUCCCGUGUUACUCAGCUCUAUAUGCAACUACUGCAUGAGAUUAUACGAAAGAGGGAUAAUUCACUUGAACUUUCCCAGUUGGAAAAUAAAAUCCUCAAUGUCACCACAGAAAUGUUGAAGAUGGCAACAAGGUACAGGGAACUGGAGGUGAAAUAUGCUUCCUUGACUGAUCUGGUCAAUAACCAGUCUGUGAUGAUCACUUUGUUGGAAGAACAGUGCUUGAGGAUAUUUUCUCGACAGGACCCCCAUGUGUCUCCUCCUCUCGUCCAGGUCGUGCCACAGCACAUUCCUCACAGUCAUCAGUACACUCCUGGUCUGCUGGGAGGCAAUGAGAUACAGAGGGAUCCAGGCUAUCCCAGAGAUUUAAUGCCGCCACCUGAUCUGUUAACUUCUCCCACGAAAAGCCCUCUCAAGAUACCACCGGUAACUUUCAUCAAUGAAGGACCAUACAAAGAUUGUCAGCAUGCAAAAGACGCUGGACAUUCAGUCAGUGGGAUUUAUCUGAUCAAACCUGAAAACAGCAAUGGACCAAUGCAACUAUGGUGUGAGAACAGUUUGGAUCCUGGGGGUUGGACUGUUAUUCAGAAAAGAACAGAUGGCUCUGUCAACUUCUUCAGAAACUGGGAAAAUUAUAAGAAAGGAUUUGGAAACAUUGAUGGAGAAUAUUGGCUUGGACUGGAAAAUAUCUAUUUGCUUAGCAAUCAAGAUAAUUAUAAGUUAUUGAUUGAAUUAGAAGACUGGAGUGACAAAAAAGUCUAUGCAGAAUAUAGCAGUUUCCGCCUGGAACCGGAAAGUGAAUUCUAUAGACUGCGUCUGGGGACUUACCAGGGAAAUGCUGGGGAUUCCAUGAUGUGGCAUAAUGGUAAACAGUUCACCACUCUGGACAGAGAUAAAGAUAUGUAUGCAGGGAACUGCGCCCACUUCCAUAAAGGAGGAUGGUGGUACAAUGCCUGUGCACACUCUAAUCUCAAUGGAGUUUGGUACAGAGGAGGCCACUACAGAAGCAAGUACCAAGAUGGGAUAUUUUGGGCCGAAUACCGAGGCGGCUCAUACUCCUUGAGAGCAGUUCAGAUGCUGAUCAAGCCUAUUGACUGAAGAGACGCAAUCUCCAAUUUAAAUGACACAGAACUCUAAUUUUCAGUUCUUAAAAAUGUAAAUGUUACAUGUAUAUUAUU